UUAAAACACUCUGUUGUUAUAUCUAUAUAAAGAUGCAAAUACUUUCGCUGAAUUUUUUAAUGUACACCGUCGGUGGCAUAUGGCGACCUAUCAAAUGGUGCUCAAGUGGGCUUAAGGUGCUUUAUAACAUAUUUACUAUUCUUGUAUUAUUAUCAUUAUACUUUUUGGUGUUAACUCAAUUUCUGGAUAUCGUUCUAAUUGUUGACAAUAUCGAUGAUUUCACUACUAAUUCCCUAAUGCUUUUGACUAUUGUUGCUGUAUGUUGUAAAGCGACUCUUGUCGUGGUACGGCGGAACGCAAUCAUCAAUUUGGUGCGAAUGUUGUUGAAAGAUCCAUACAAACUUCGAGAUGCAGAUGAAAUGGCAAUUCAACGAAAAUUUGACACGUUUAUCAGAUCAUAUUCAAUAAAAUACUCUCUGUUAUGUACGACUUCACUCACGGGCGUAACAAUUGGAUCAGUAUUAAAUAUUAUCCAGGGUUAUUUACCCUACAGAGUAUGGCUGCCAUACGAUUCUAAUAUAGCUACGAUGUUCUGGAUUACAUCUAUGCAACAAAUAAUAUCUUUAAUUUUUGCGACUGUCAUAAAUGUUGGAACAGAAACAUUAAUUUCUGGAUUUAUUUUACAAACGUGUGCGCAGAUUGAAAUUUUUCAAAAUCGUCUCCAUAAAUUAAUGAUUAAUCAGACAACUGCAUAUAUGAAACAAUCACUUGCUUCAUCAUGUAAAGGAACAUCUAUAUUUUCGGAGUACAUACGUCAUCAUUUGAAAAUUUACGAAUACGCUAAAACAGUAAACAUCAUUUUUAAUCCGAUAUUCUUUGUUCAAUUCUUUAGCAGUAUAAUAGUAUUGUGUACAAGUGUAUAUUAUUUGUCGCAACAUAUUACAGAGUCCGGAAGUGCGACUUUUAUAGUAUACACUAUCGGUAUGUUUGUUCAAAUAUACAUAUAUUGUUGGUCAGGAAAUGAAGCAAUACUUAAGAGUACGAGCGUAGGAGAUGUGAUAUAUCAAUUGGACUGGCAUCUACUCUCAGUCAGCGAAAAGAAAGAUUUAUUGAUGAUUAUGAUACGUACCACAAUUCCUAUAAAAUUUACCAGCAGUUUCUUGAUAACUUUAUCUCAUGAAUCCUAUAGUAACAUCCUAAAAACUUCAUAUUCAGCAUUUAACUUAUUACAACGGUCCUGAAUCAUACGUAAAGAGUAGUAUCUGAAGAUAUUAAUGAUAAUAUUGUAGGCUCUUUUGAAUGAAUUACUAAAUGCAUCCUGAGAAUCGUUUGUCUUCAUGUUUAUCUCAAUCACAUUUCCUAUUUCCA